GAAACUCAGCUACGACGUCCUCCUGCAACAGAUCCGGAACAUGGCCAUGUCCCCGUGAUCGAUCAUUGCGGCUGUCCUGCUACAAAACAUGUAUGGAAUCUCCAUGAAGGAGCUGCUCAAGGAAGUGGACUGGCUCAAACGACAGGCUUCCAAUCUGGGGGCAUAUAUUGACUGGCCUGUUAAUGAAUCAGCAGAAGCAGUUAUUCGUCACAACAUCUUUACCCAUAAGAACAUUGCCGCAGUAACUGAGGACAACGUAGUGGAGCUGAUAGCAGAAGACACUUCGUUGACCCAGAAUCAGGACCCUCUGUUCACGUCUGCUGCACAGGAAAUGAUGGUGUGUCUGUACCGCAAUCAGCUGCUCAUCGUGUUUGUGCGGGUGGCGCUGAUUGCCAUCCCUAUCAACUCAUGUGUUCAGAAAACGCUGCCUUUGAGUGAAUUAAAGGCCCAUUACAGUUUGUUGGAGAAGCUAUUGAGCCGUGAGUUUAUUUUUAUGCCAGGAGAUUCAGAGAAGGACUUUGAUGUUGCGUUGGCCAGUCUGACUCACACCUGUGGCGUUGUGGUGGAAAAUGACUGUGUUCUUGUGAAGAAAUCCAUCAACAAGUACACCACAUUCUUCAGUCAGAUGUUUGAGCCAUUCCUCUUAGGCUACUGGGCGAUGUGCCGCUUCCUCUUGUCCAUAGAGAAGGGAUCUCAUGGGAAACCCCUGGUCAAACUGCCCAAGACCAUUAGCAAGGAGGCACAGGUGCUGUCCGCCCAGCUGAUCAGAGACGGCCAUGUGAAGCGCAAGGAGAUCCUGUCCCUAGAUAUGAUGAGUAACUCCCUGCAGGCCUUGUAUGACCUUGGCGCUGUCCACAAAGAGAAGAGGGAAGGAACUACCUAUAUGUACCCCAACUUAGUACUUCUAUCCAAACUUACUGAGGAUUUGUGUAAAUUUAUAGACGUUCCUGAUUUGCCAAGGACAACCAUCAAUGUUGACACUAAAACUGUAACAGUGAAUGCAAAACUCUGAAGCAAUAUGAACAACAUCAUUUGGUAGUGAUUUUUUUUAUAUCUAUGCAUAUAAGUGUUGAGUACUCAUUUUUAUACUGUCGGUGAACUUAAAUGAUUGCACUGUUUGUUACAGAAUAUUACGGUGCCAUAGUGUGUACGAAAUUUUGUAUAUGGCUAGAAUAUUACUUUGUGACAGAAUUAAUUGGAUUUAUAUAGAAUAUAAAGUUUAUUUCCACAGCCUUUGGCUCAUUUUGUUAUAUUUAUCUUUACAUAGGAUUGGCUUUAUUCAAAUUUAAGCAAAACUGUUUUGUUCUGUUCCAUGAAUACCUGUCUUCAAGACAUGUAUUCAAAAUGUUAAUCGUGUAUUUUUUAAGAUUCCAAAUUUUAUUUAUUUACUGUUCAUUAAUUAUUUGCAUGCCAUAUUUUUCUGGUUGGAUAUCAAUAUCGUCUUUGCUUUUUAACAUGUAAGCAUUAAAUAUGCUCGUUGUAUGACAUGUGCUGUAUUAAUAGCAUAAUAUAUUUUGAUAUUUAUUGUAUUUAUGUAUUCUGCAUACUAUUGUAUCCUGUGUGGGCAAAACAACUCUCUGCCAAGUACUUGACACAGUUUAAACUUGUUUAAUCUGCAGGUAUCGUUUGUCUGUGAAUGAAAUACAGCAAUUAUUUUAUUUUAUUUUUUAUCUAUGAUAAUUUUUGAUCAAAUUUUAGGUUUGCUUGAGUUUCAAAUUAUCAGUAAACAAAAUAUAUAUUUAUUAUGACUUGUACAUAAAACCUCGUAAGUCUUAAUCAUAUAAAAAUAGCCUUAUCAAAAGGUCACGUGAAAAGGAAGUGAUAAUGCAGUAUUAAAUAGUGUAUAUACUAUCAAGCAUAAUACUUGACAGGGGGUGACAAUCAGCUAUCAUGCAGUUAAUAAUUCUGGAAGAUAAACUUCAAUACAAUUUGAUUUUUAAAGUUUGUCAUGUAGAUUAUACUGCAAAUAAAUAUAAGGAUACAGCCUACAUAUAGAUAUGUUGCAUGGGUUAAAUGUGGCAGUAAAUUGUACAAUCAGACAAGUCUGUUUCACAUAUGUAUAAAAAAACAUGUCUAGUUCUGUAAAAUAAAUGUUGACAACAAAUAAGUAUCUAACAAAUGCAUAUGGAUAUACAUAUAUAUAUGGAUGAUAAUGCAAAUUAUAGCAUACAUUAUAUAUUGUUAUACACAUUAGAUAUAUUAGAUUAUAUACAUACCAUUUAACAAGCAAUAACAUAAACAAUCAAGCAAUAAAAUCUAUGGAACAUGA